CGGCUCUUUCCGGAGAGACUCGAGAGCGAGGCGGAGGCUUCGUCUGCUGCGCUGCCGCUUCCUGUCUCCCGGCUCGUUGCUGUUGCCGGCUCCGGGGCUGCGGGUACCGGCUCUGCAGCUCCCCGCGCCAUGUCCCAGCUCUGCUACAACCGGGGCUGCGGCCAGCGCUUCGACCCCAGCACCAACGCGGAGGAUUCAUGCACAUAUCAUCCAGGUGUACCAGUCUUUCAUGAUGCUCUAAAGGGCUGGUCAUGUUGUAAGAGAAGAACAACAGACUUCUCUGACUUCUUAAGCAUUGCGGGCUGUACAAAGGGUCUCCAUAAUAGUGAGAAACCCCCUGAGCCUGUGAAACCUGAAAUCAAAACUACCUCUGAGCGAAAGGAGCUAGCUGAACUGAAACCUAAAUUUCAGGAGCAUAUAAUUCGGGCACCAAAGCCAGUGGAAACCAUUAAUAGGCCAAGCCCAGAUGAGCCAAUGACAAGCUUACAGCUGAAAGUAUCCGCUUCCCUGAAACAAGCACUAGAUAAACUGAAACUAUCAGAGAAUGAAGAAGAAAAAAAAGAAGAGGACAGUGAUGAGAUCAAAAUUGGGACGUCGUGUAAAAAUGGAGGCUGUUUGAAGACAUUUGAAGGACCACAGAGCACAGAGGAAAUAUGUAUAUACCAUUCUGGAGUACCUAUAUUCCACGAAGGGAUGAAGUAUUGGAGCUGUUGUAAGAGAAAAACUUCUGAUUUUAAUACAUUUUUGUCUCAAGAAGGCUGUACGACGGGAACACACGUGUGGACUAAAAAGGAUGCUGGGAAAAAAGUAGUUCCAUGUAGGCAUGAUUGGCAUCAAACUGGAGGUGAAGUGACUAUUUCAAUAUAUGCGAAAAAUUCACUUCCUGAACUUAGCCAUGUAGAAGCAAAUAGCACAAUGCUAAAUAUCCAUAUUAUAUUUGAAGGAGAUAAAGAAUUUGAUCGCAAUGUGAUAUUGUGGGGAGUAAUUGAUGUGAAGAGGAGUUAUGUAAACAUGACAGCUACGAAGAUUGAGCUCACUAUGAGGAAAGCAGAGCCCAUGUUAUGGGCAAACCUUGAACUACCAAUACCUAAAACGCAGCUAAAACAAAAUGAAGAUAUUACAGAUCAAGAAUGAAAUCCUAAAGAUAUGCAGACUGUUUUCUAUCGUGAAAGUGGUGACUUGCUAUUGUAAUGCAUUUCCUUUUAAGAUGUUAUUUUAUAUAAGAUCACUUUUUUACAAUACAUCUUGCAUUGCAGAUCGGGAUAAGCACUCCAUUAUGUAAAAACCUGAUGCUUGCCCUGAUCUGGAAUGCAAGAUUUAUUGUAAAUUUAUUGAAGCUCAGACCACAUGGUGCAUUAACGUUUCAAGCAUCCUGUUCGGACUGGAGCUACCAGAGUAAUUGAUGUUAGACUACAUACGGUUUGCUAUAUAUCUUAUUGUAAAAAGGACACAAGAUAUAAGUCUGUGGAAUGGUCAACAUGAUUCCAGUGGUCUAGAAUAAAUAAAUUUGGUCUUCGACAUCAGUAAUAAAUCCAGAAAGAAUGUAGGUGCUACUCAGAUUCUUUCCUUUUCCCGUGUGAAAGUGUCAGGAAUGGUUGCAUAUUCCACUUGUGCACUGAUGAGGUCAUUAGUUUUUGAAGGGCUCAGGUAGUUACUGGCUUUUUCAGCAUCUUGUUUGGAUCUGCUCUGAGCAGUUUUAGAUUACACUUGGUAAAAGCACAGGUGCACUAGCACCAUUACCAGUAAAAAUGCAACAGCAGAAGACUUGCCAAAAAAUUCUAUUGUAACUGGAGCCAAGGAGUGGAGGAGUUUGUGAAAAUUUCCCCCCACUAUCCCCUCCAUUUUGAUUUCUGAAUUUUAAAUAAUCGUAGAACAAAAGGAAAUGGAGCAAGGUAGUGGUUUGAUAGCUUAGCCUUCCAGCUCUGGAAACCUACACAUUAGAGACCAUCUCAAAACCACUAAGCCAGUUAAUGUAAGGGAUUUUGCAAGGUCUCUAAUAUUUGUUAGCUACCACCCCAAAAUGCUCAGAGUUGUUAGUCCGUCUCUAAGACGGUAAAUAUUGAAGCAGGAGAUGCUAGUGUAGAUCGUAUUUGAUAUGUUGGCUAAGCUAUGUGAGGAAGAUUAAUGUUUCCAUGCAGUAUGCUUAAGUCUAGCUGUUGAGGGCUAGUUGUCUUUCUCUGAGUAUUAAAUUCACUAAAGGAAAAGUUAAAAAAAAAAAAAAACACCCUUUUUAAAGAUGCUUAUUUAAAUGUUUUUAUUUUUAAUUCUUUUGGUUAGUACUUCCAGAAGAAAACUUCACUGCAUAUUUUUGUUUUCAGUUCAAGGGUAGAGGCUUUGCUGCCAAAAACCUGGGAUAUUGUGAAAAUAUGUGACUGAGCUCUAGGCCAUAGCUGAUGUAGUAAUGCUUCUCUCCCUGCCUGAAAUUGCAUCUAUAAAAGUAAGUUUGGGGCUGCAAUUAAAAAAACAAAAAACAACUCUAUACAAUGCAGAUCACUAUUCAUAUCACAGUAUGUGUAGGUCAAUUUCUAUCUAAUUAAAACUUAUCAUAGAAAACUUUAAAGCCCCAAUCCACUUUAGACUCAGGCUAUACACUGGAGUUGGAAGGUGUAAUGUGCUAAGGGUCUGAGACAGGAUCGUACUUGGUGUGGCUAGCCUCUCCUGCUGCCACAGCUACACUUCACGUGGGUAUGUCCGCUCAAGCUAGAAACUACACCUUCCAGCACCAGGAUAGACAUACCCUCUCUCAUGCAGGGACGUAAGCAAUUCAUUGGGAGUGAUACCACAAAUUCUUAUGAUACCUUGAUGCAUAGUCAUUUUUUCCAUCCUGACAGAGCUAGAAGGGGGGCUGAAAUAAUUUUUACAGUUGGCAAGAUGGGAGUGUGUAGUGGUUUUAUGUAUAUAAUAAUGAAAACCUCUUCAAAAGCUUAAAAAUAAAGGUAGUUUAACUAAUCUUUAAGGUUUUUUCAGCUGGGCUUAAUUUUUUUACCAGUGUAGACUUGAGUUCAGGGUUCCAUCUACAGCAAUACUUAAAGACAUAACUAAUGCUGAAAAACGGGUAGGAAAUAUAGAAUAAUGCAUAUAUAUUUACAGAGAAACUGCCUUCGUGUUUGAGGCCGGGACUUUUAAAGGGGCUGAGAAAGUGAGUUGCUCAACUCUCAUUGAUUUAAUGGGAAUGUGAUGACUGAAUCCUUAGGCCCCUUUGAAAACCCCAGCUCUAGGUGCUGCACACAACUAUACAGUUAACUUCUUUUAUCUAUGCCUUGUUUUAACGUAAUACCAUGUAAAAUGCCUUAAAGUAGUAGUGUCCAGGCUUUCAAAAGUAUAUACAUGAAAAUAAAUCUGUACUCUUUGCAUGUGGAAACUUGUAGGAGCUCAUCAGGCAUUGUGUGUACACACAAGUGCAUGCUUUUCUAAGUCAAUAUAUUGUGGCAUUACUUACUUCACUGGGGGGAGUAUUCCAGAAACCUCAAGAGUAGAGGCAAAUAUACAAGCUAUGCUAGCCAUUCCUCUGCAACUCUACCGUCUUCAUUGCUUUAUGUGUUAGGAAUAGCAGUUGUUGCAAGACCUAAGCGGAACUCUGAACUUGGAUACAACAGGGACAAGCACUGUAUAACUACCGAAAUAUAAUUCUGGUUUUGGGGGGCAAGUCAAUGUGCAUAUAUCUGUAAUAGUCUUACACACAUUCUUUUAAAUUUCUAUAUCUUUAACUGAAUACCUGGGAUUUUUUUAAAAUCUUUGCAGUUCACUGCAGUAUUAGUUGAAGCAUCAUGUAAAAUUCAUUUUAGGGAGUUUGUGUUAGCGAAUAUAAGACAGAACUGAGCCAAAUUCCCACUGAUUGGAGUGCAGAAUUUGGGUCUAAACAAUUAUCCUCUUCACCCCAACCAUGUUUAUACUAUGUUCUGGUAAUACGCAGAAUAAGUUGAUGAUAGCAUUUCCCUCAAGCCAUUAGCUAGUAAAUAUUCCACCUCUGCUCCCCUUUUGCACUCAGCUGGAUAAUUAGACUCUGAAACACAACUAAGAGGAAAGUCAGGAGUUAUUUCUUGUGUUCCAUGUCUUUAUCGAGCUUUAAAGUAUCCACAAUUUUCUAUUAAUGACAAAAAUCAAAACUUUCCCAUCAAUAUAAUAGAAAUUAGGGUUUUUUUAAAUAUUUCUGUUUAAGGAAGUUCAAACAGUUUCUUUUCUUAAAAUUAUCUGAAGCUAUAGCUUUUUUUCUACUCUUCUGCAUGUUCACCCAGCAGCAUACUGUUGAGCUAUAUCCUCUUUGAUUGAGAAUUAGAAGGUUUUGAACAAACCUUGCCAGUGCCCAGAAACUAUCUUUACAACACUGCAGGUAGGUUGUGUCUUAGAAAAAUAAAAAGAUUUUGAUCUGGUGGUUGCCUUUUUUUAGUGGAACUCUUAGUAUGACUCUGAACUCUGUCAGCAAAUAGGAGGAAGGGAAGAUGAAUUGAGAUUAUAAUUACUACACUAAACGAUUAGCUAACACUUCAGAAAGCUGUAUUUAGAGGGGGAAAAAAACCACAAAGUUUGUAAGAGAGGUUGAAGCAGAUUUAUUUUCUAACAAAUAGAUUUUUUUAAUUAUUAAAUUAUAAUGAAAUUGUAAAUAUCUGCCUAAUGUAAACCAAAAUCAGCUUGGUCUGAAUGAUUCCUGGCAGUCAAGAUUGUCAUAGCUUCAUUGUGCUACCUUUAACAGGUUGGUUUGCCUGCUGCAAUCUGGAAAUUAGUUUUAUAUUUUUAUAAUACACAGAACUCUUACAAAACUAUACCGUAUUUAUUGUAUAUUUGUCAUAGACUUGGCUAUACGGUUGCUUGUAAAGCUGUUCACCUCAAAAUUCUUAAAGUAUGAAAAUACCACUAUAGUAUAGACUUACCGUUUCUCAAGUGAGAUUUACAUUUUUCCCUACUUUUUUGCCUGCCUAAUGUUACAUAUGAUUUCUGUAGUCUGUCAGAUUUCAGAACUAUUCUUUUCAAGAUCUGAUUACUGUUUUGAGCACCGGACCAUUCAGUUACCAUAACUUUUUGAUUCUACAGAAUAUUAGUGUAAUUUUAUAAAAAGUACCCAUCCAUGGAUGAGGGGGGUUUUGUUUUUUUAACAUUUAUAUUAUCAAAUCAUUAUUUCAGCAGUUUAGUAGUUUUUACUAGAAACUUUUUGCCUUGAAAAGACAUUCACUUAUUUUGUGUAAUGAUGUAAUUCUUUGCUUGUAUUCUUAAACAUGGCAUGAGGAUUGAUAAAUACUGUAGCUGUUAAAUUCAUUGUUUAUUUUCCAUAUUCCUACCACAAAUUGCACUUAUCCACAUUCAGAAAAAUGACCUUGUACAUUAAUGAAGUACUCUAGGUGUCUGGAACACUGUUUUAGGAUGUUAAAUAUUUUGGAAUUACGAAAACCAUGUGCAUUACUGUUUUGUCCAUGUUUUCUUCUGCAUGGGUGUCUGAUUUGUCCUAUUCAUGUAACUUGGUUAUGUGAACUUUUUCUUAGUAUGCUCAUGUCUUCAUGCUCUAGUUUUGAAUAAAUUCUUACUACAUGCCGGUUA